AAUACCCGAGUCACCCCUCCACAACAAAACAAUCUGCUGUCAGCCAGUCUACAGCUUAAUCCAACUAGUCACUGGCGCUUAAAACAUUCUGUGGCUAGCUAGGGAUAUGAUUUACUUUUGAAUACUUUUAUUAGAGGACACCUUCGAAGUGACCCUAAAACUGUUCAGAGUCGGGUCGGGAGAGAGACGGACUGAAAAGCAGAAAGAAAAGAAAAACAAAGAUGGCUGUGUAGCCAGAGAAACGAGUCCCAACAGAGCUGUCUCUAGCUUUAAUCACCGACAAGUCCCGUGAGUCUCGUGGAUAGUCCGUCGUUACUAGCGGGGAUGUAGGGAGCGCAGCCGAUGGUGCUGAUUGUCGUUAGCCGCUGUCAUUGCUAGUAGCCGCAUCGAGAGGGGCGAGCGCAGCUGAGCGAGUCCGGGUUGUUUUUGUUCUGUUCGGGCACCGGGAGAAGACUGCCGUGUCUGUGUCAACAGUGCUAGCCGCAUAUCUGCUAGCCUCCGUGUAAGUCAACAACAAAACGAGUCGCCGGGAAAAUCUUGUCAUGAUUGCACAGUGCGAAAUGAACUUAUUAUUAGACAUCAAAUGAAAUUCAAGUUGGUGUGUGUUCGGUUGCAUCAUCGGUAAGUCGCAUUCCUUCCUAACAACCAGCUUCCGCCGCGUUAGCCUAGCUUACGUUAGCCCGCUGUCAGCUGACCAUUAGCUCGACAGGUUGUACGCUAGCCCCUAGCUAACGGGCUAAUACUUUGGGUUGGCCGAGGCAGGUACAUAACAAACAUUUUACACGUUCAGCGCCAUGUCUUCACUGGAAGAGAGGGACGUGGGCGUUGCGGCCGCCCCUGGCUCCUCCUCGGCCGGCCUGGGGGUCGGGGCCGUGGGGGCAGCGGUGGAGGCUGUCGCCGGGGUAGCAGCCAUGCAAGAGGAUGUGGGGAUACGGCGAGAGGGGCCCGAGCCUGACCCCGACGCGCCACCCAAGAAGAGGGUGAGAAUACAGGAGGGAGAGUCAGGAAAGCUGGAGGAGAGACUGUACUCAGUGCUGUGCUGCACCGUGUGCCUAGACUUGCCCAAGGCGUCUGUUUAUCAGUGUACCAAUGGACACUUGAUGUGUGCUGGCUGUUUUAUUCACCUCCUGGCUGAUUCCCGUCUAAAGGAGGAACAGGCCACGUGUCCAAACUGCAGAUGCGAGAUCAGUAAGAACCUGUGCUGCAGGAACCUGGCGGUGGAGAAGGCUGUCAGUGAGCUUCCCACAGAUUGCACCUUCUGCUUAAAACAGUUCCCGCGCUCCAGCCUGGAGAGACACCAGAAGGAGGAAUGCCAAGACAGGGUGACUCAGUGCAAGUACAAGCGCAUUGGCUGUCCGUGGCAGGGUCCGUUUCAUGAGUUGCCAGCACACGAAAGCGAAUGUUCUCAUCCGACUAAGACGGGUACUGAGCUGAUGGGAAUUCUGGGAGAAAUGGACCAGAGCCACCGCAGAGACACACAGCUCUACAACAGCAUCUUCGGCCUCCUUUGCUAUGAGAAAAUCGGAUUUACAGAGGUGCAGUUCAGGCCGUACCGCACUGAUGACUUCAUUACUCGUCUGUACUACGAGACGCCGCGUUUCACCGUUCUCAACCAGACAUGGGUGCUGAAGGCCCGAGUUAACGAUUCCGAACGCAACCCCAACCUGUCCUGCAAACGCACCCUCUCUUUCCAGCUCAUCCUGAAGAGCAAGGUGAAUUCUGCGCUGGAGUGCUCCUUCCUGCUGCUGAAGGGUCCGUACGACGACGUGCGGAUCAAACCGGUCAUCUACCACCACUCCUUCAGCAACGACACCAACGAGACGGACUACGUCCCCCUGCCCAUCUCUGACUCUGUGGAGUGCAACAAACUGCUGGCCGCCAAAAACAUCAACCUGCGCCUGUUCAUUUUCCAAGUUCAAAAAUAAAGAAAAAAGUAAAGAGGAAAAGAGGCAGAAGAUGAAAAAGUGAAGGAAAGGUGGUGAUCGCCGGCGAGGGUCAAAGAGCAGACGUAAUGAUUAAAGAGAGACACCACUGAACCAUUAAUACCUCUACACACACACACACACACACACACACAGCACUAAUUACACAUACCUCCUUAUACAGAUUAUGACACCCCUUGCUCGGGAAAGCUGUGAGUUGCUAUGGAGAUGAGAUGGGUAGGGCUUAGCUGGAUGGAGAGGCGAGGCAGGUGCAGGAUGGGGGUUGGCGGAUGGGUCGGCACUCAUCUGUGGUUUUGUGCCUGACCUUUCACCUCUGACACUCCCAGCCAAAGGUAGCACAGACCAACCAGAGCAGGGUUUUCUGUUGUGCACGUCUGUGUGUGCUCGUGAGCGUCUGAAGUGGGACCCCGGCUCGGCUUUUUGUCGACACAUUCCAAAGAUGCACAAUAAUGUGAAGGACUCUACACAACCGUUCUUUGGGUGUAUGACUGGACUAGCAGGGCAUGCACAUGUGGGCCCCCCACCCCCUAAUUCUCACUGGACGCCUCAGCUCCCCCCCGGUUAUGACUAAAAAGCAUCCGUCAACCUUCCUUUUGUUUUUUUCAUUUUUACUCCGAAGAACAGAAGGUGCAUGUGCAUUUCAGGUCUGCAGCUUCUUCCUAAACUAACUUUAUUUUAUUAAGUAUCUGUGAGAUUUGCUCAUCUUAGUUGGGUUUUACAGUGUGGUUGGUGUGUGUGUAUAUUUUUUUAGUAGAACGCCUCCAAACUAUCUCAUUUGCUUUAUUCAUUCAUUUAUUUAUUUUUUACCCAACAAUCUUUUUCAUUUUAACCCCCAACAGUCCUGUUAUCAUUUAACCCACGUGUUUAUUAGUUUUUCCUGAAAAAGCAAUUAUUUGCCCCAUAAAGUUUUCUUUUAGUUUGGGCUCAAUCCCUUCAGAACAUUGGGGGGGGUUGUUUUUAUCCAAUCCUCUUGUUUUCAACGUUUUUGCUUCCUUCUUGCAAUUGGGUUUCAUCCGAUUAACAGAGAGUAACCAAAAAACGAACAUAGUAUUUUAAUAAAGGGGGGGACUUUAGCCAGCAAGUAAAACUUUUCCCCAACUUCACAGUCUCAUUGCUGAUCUGGAUUUCUUCAGCGCUCUGAUGGCCCUCCGAAAGAAAAAUAUUUUUAGUUGCGAGUGCAGAGAUGUCAGUCAGGGAAUGGUAUUGGUAGGGGUAGAGGGGUACCUUACCAUGGACACAUUAGUGUUUGAACAGAAACACGGUGAGGUUACUUAAAUAGAUCCUACUGUUAGGCAGACAGAGCUUUCUCUCCUCCUGACCUCUCUUUCCUGUAUUUCUGUGUUUUAAUGCUUCGUCGUUACGCCAGUGGACUCACUUGCUCACUCAUCUCACGAUGGCUGUACAUGUGCCUUUGAUUAAAGAACAUGGAACCUCC